AUGGGGACAGAGAGAGUUGUAAGAGAAAUGUUGGGAGCAACAACGUUAAUAGCGUCAAUAACGGCGGCGAUAAUAAUGGUGAGAUGGGGAUGGAAGAUGAUGAAGUGGUUGUGGCUGAACCCUAAGAGGCUGGAAAGGGUGCUCAUAGAGCAAGGUUUUCAGGCCAACCCUUACAAGUUCUGGGUUGGUGACUUGAAGGAAAUAGUGAAGAUGCAUGAAGAAGCCAAAUCCAUGCCCAUGAAGUCUCUGUCCCAUGAUCUAUCUCCUCGUUUCUUCUCCUUUGUGCUCCACAUUCUCCACAAACAUGGUAAAAAUUCAUUCAUGUGGUUUGGACCGACACCGAGCUUGAUCUUAACGAGCCCAGAGCAGAUAAAGGAUGUCUUCAACAAGAAUUAUGACUACAGAAAAAGUCAUUUGAAUCCUCUUAGCAAGUAUGUAGCCCCUGGUCUCGCAAAACUUGAUGGAGACAAGUGGGCCAAACACAGAAAGAUCAUUAGUCCAGCGUUCAAUUUGGAUAAACUCAAGACUAUGACGCAAACCCUUUUCCAAUGUUGCAAUGACAUGAUACGAGAAUGGGAUAAAAAGCUGUCGUCCUCAAAUGGAACGUGUGAAGUGGAUGUUUGGCCUUCACUUAUGAGCAUGACACAGGAUGUUAUUUGUCGAGCAGCAUUUCGGAGUAGCUAUGAAGAAGGCAAACAAAUCUUCCAUCUCCUCACAGAGCAAUCUGAACUUGUCAUGAAUCAUUUACAAAGAUAUCACACUCCAUUUUGGAGCUUUGUACACGGUAAGGACCUUAGGAGGAUUAAGGAGAUAGAUAGAAUGGUGGGAGACUUGGUGAAGGGAAUCAUUAAGAAGAAGGAGAAAGCCCUAAAGGAAGGUGAAGCCAUGAAGAAUGACGUACUAAGCAUACUUUUAGAAUCCAAUCACAAGGAGAUAGAGAAACGAGGGAACAAGAAAAACGUUGGGUUGAGCAUGAAAGAUAUAAUCGACGAAUGCAAAUUUUUCUACUUUGGAGGCCAAGCCACCACUUCAUCUUUGCUUGCUUGGGCCAUAAUGCUGCUGAGUAAGUACACUGAUUGGCAAACACGCGCAAGGGAAGAAGUCUUUCAAGUCUUUGGGGAUCAAGAACCAAACUUUGACAGGUUAAGUCACCUUAAGAUUGUGACCAUGAUUUUAUACGAGGUUUUGAGGUUGUAUCCGCCAGUGACAUGGCAAGAGAGAUCGACGGAGAAGGACAUGAAACUUGGGGAUAUAUUGGUACCUGGAGGAGUGCAAAUAUUCAUACCAAUACUGAUGCUUCAUCAGGACCAAGAGAUAUGGGGGAGUGAUGCGAAGGAGUUCAAGCCAGAGAGGUUUUCCGAGGGAAUCUCAAAGGCAGGGAAAGGAAAUUCCGUUGCAUAUAUACCGUUUGGAUGGGGUCCUCGGAUUUGCGUAGGACAAAACUUUGCCUUGUUGGAGGCUAAGAUGGCCCUUUCUUUGAUUCUGCAGAACUUUUGGUUCGAACUCUCUCCUGCAUAUUCUCAUGCUCCUUUCAUCCGAAUGACCCUUCAGCCACAACAUGGAGUUCAUGUCAUUCUACACAAACUUUAA